CUCAGCCAGUCAUGUCUCUCAAGGUCGUCGUCCUCGCCUGCGUGGUUGUCGUCGCUCUGUGCGACAAGACCCCAGUCCACGCCCCUCAUCCUCCGGUCUACGCCUCUAAGCCUUCUUACCACGCCCCUGCUCCUUACCACGCCCCUGAACCCGCCUACCACGCCCCCGAACCCGCCUACCACGCCCCCGAACCCGCCUACCACGCCCCCGAACCCUACGAGCCCGAAUACGCUGACGUGCCUCCCAAGUACAACUACAACUACGGCGUCGCCGACACCUACUCCGGCGCCAACUUCGCCGCCUCGGAGUCCCGCGACGGCUACAACACCGAGGGCACCUACACCGUCGACCUCCCGACGGCCGCAAGCAGAUCGUCAAGUACGUGGGCAACGCGAGGCUAUGUAGCAGAGGUCACCUACGAGCGGCGUCCGUCGUCGUCCUCGCCUGCGUGGUUGUCGUCGCUCUGUGCGACAAGGCCCCAGUCCACGCCCCUCAUCCUCCCGUCUACGCCUCUAAGCCUUCUUACCACGCCCCUGCUCCUUACCACGCACCUGAAUCCCGCCUACCACGCCCCCGAACCCGCCUACCACGCCCCUGAACCCGCCUACCACGCCCCCGAACCCGCCUACCACGCCCCCAAACACUACGAGCCCGAAUACGCUGACGUAACUCCCAAGUACAACUAUAACUACGGCGUCGCCAACACCUACUCCGGCGCCAACUUCGCCGCCUCGGAGUCCCGCGACGGCUACAACACCGAGGGCACCUACACCGUCGACCUCCCCGACGGCCGCAAGCAGAUCGUCAACUACGUGGACAAUGGCGACGGUUAUGUAGCUCAGGUCACCUACGAGGGCGAGGCUCAGUACCCCGAGUACAAACCCACCUACAAGCCCGCUUCCCCUACCCCAGCGUAUGCUUAAGUAAUUACGAAUAUAUUUCAGACACAUGUAUA